UUCAAGCAACUCUGUGAGCAUUUACAGCCCAUUUUCAGAACUUACACAAUGUUUUUACAGAGAGGUUAAUGACAAGCCAGAUGCCACCUCUUUGUUUGAGUACAGUACCCUUCCUAGCCUAGUAAUUAGGUCGCACAAAAUCACCAAGUUCUUUCGCCUGAGAGAGGCAGUAUCUUGUCAUGACCCUCAUUUGACUGAAACUUUCAGAGACAGAACUGGAGAAGUUCUGCCCGAGCGAGUCCCGACUAAACGCUAGAGCAGCCCCUGUCUGUUUUUGACAUUUAUCAGCGUUCUUGCUGCGGAGCAGACGCACACACACUUCUUGCAUUGCUGGCAAAUCCCACAGCUUUUGGGGAAAGAGCGGAAAUAUUUGGCCUCACAAAAGCGCCCGAAACCAGUGGUUUCAGCCAUGAGACUAAACCUGAUUCUGGCACUGUCAUUCCUUGCCUGUAUGACAUUCAGCCUCGCAAAUGAUCAGAGACGUCCCUUGGCACGAGGUAGAAGACGAGGUGUUGGACCAAAACGAGCAAGAAAACAGACAUCUAAUACCGCCUUGCAGCACGGAAGAACAGCAGAAAGCAGUAGACAAGAUGGAUCUAUUUUCAUUGACUCUUACAAGAAUACAAAGGAGCCAGAGCCAAACUACGAAGUGACUGCAGCAAAAUCAGAACACUGUGUAUUUCGAGGCAUCACCAUGUAUGAUAAAACAGUGUGGUCGCCAAAGCCAUGCGUGAAUUGCCUGUGUUCCAGCGGUGAGGUGGUCUGCGACCGAAUACUGUGUCCCGCCUUGCGGUGCCAACUCAAAUUUCAACCAAUAGGAGAGUGCUGCCCAAUUUGCAUUGACCCAGUUGUCGAUGCCCCUGACUUUUCCGGUGAUCCUCCUUCUCCCAUCGAUCUCGGUGAUCCCUAUACUGAAAUAUCACAAAGCCAGAGAGAUAAGAAAGAAAGACAAAAAAAGGAUGAAGAGGACCGCAUUCGCAAAAAAGACGCUGAACGCAAGCAGAGGAAGAAGCAGAAGAAAGAAGAAGCUGAGAGACAGAGGAAGAUAAAAGAGGCGAAAGAAGCCAGAGAAAAAGAGGAGGAGCUAAGGAGGCUACAAGAGGAGGAAGAGGAGAAAGCAGCAGCGGAAGAGAGGAAAAGAAGGAUGGAAGAACAGCGGAAGGUUGAGGAGGACAGGGCUCAUAGGCUGGAGAUGGAGCAAAGAGAGAUGAUGAGAGCUCUGGAAGAUGCAGCCGAACGUGCCCAGGUAGGACUCCGCGGAGACGAGGCCACUGAAGACGAGGACAUGGUUUGGUUGAGGGGGGACGUUUACCAAAUGCCACCAGUGCCACCAACGAGAGCAGCAAAUUCUCCUCCUCUCUUAGCUCUUCAAGAGCCAACCGAACCGGGCGAGGAGGACCACGAACCGGGCGAGGAGAGCCCUGAACCAGGUGAAGAGGAAACAGAUGUAGUCGAGGAGGAAUCUGAGAUGGUUACCACAUUGCUGCCUCCAGGUUGUUCGAUCUCUGACGUCACUGUCACCUGUGAAAACGCUAAACUGAUGGGUAUACCUCCACUGUCCAUCCCUGAGCUCAAAUCACUCAGCCUACAGGGCAAUGAAAUCAAAACCAUCCCUGCUGGAGCAUUCAAUGGCAUUCCCAACUUAGAGUGGAUAGACUUGGGGAAAAACAAGAUUGUGUCAUCUGGCAUAGACCCACAAGCAUUUCAAGGUCUUAAAUUCCUGUCUCGCCUGUACAUGGAUGGAAACCUUCUGGAACAAAUUCCCUCUGAGCUCCCAUCAACACUCCAGGAGCUCAAGAUAAAUGAGAACAAUCUAAAAGAAAUUGAGGAAAACAGCUUUGAAGGUCUCAGCAGUCUGGUUACUUUGGAAAUGGAGGGGAACUUGCUCAGUGAAGGUAACGUGAAUCCACAGGCGUUUACGCCCCUCAAAGAGCUGACUUACAUUCGCCUAGGCAGAAACCAUUUCCGUACCAUUCCUCAGGGCCUACCUGCAUCUCUACUGGAGUUGUACCUCGAAAACAAUCUGAUUGAAGAAAUCUCUGAAACGGCAUUCAACCACACCACAAACAUCAACGUCGUUGUGCUAAGACAUAAUAAAUUAGAUGAGUCAAGCAUUGCACCUUUAGCCUGGAUUAAUCACAGGAACCUGGAAUCUGUAGAUCUCUCGCACAACAACUUCCACCUGGUUCCAUCCUUCCUUCCAAAGUCACUGGUUCACCUGGUGCUGGCUGGGAAUCAGAUCGAACGCAUUCCAGGAUACGUGUUUGCACACAUGGAGCCUGGCCUGGAGUACCUCUACCUCUCUUACAACAAGCUGGAUGGUGAUGCUAUCGAGCCAGAGUCCUUCUUUGGCAUCUUCAACACUAUGACCGAACUCUGUCUAGACCAUAACCAGCUUACGUCUAUUCCUAUGGGAAUUAAUGAGAUGACAGCGUUACAUUUCCUACGACUUAACAACAACAAAAUAAGGCACAUAUCAGAAAAUGCCAUAUGUGACCCCUUGAAUGAGGAUGACUCUCAUCUAGUUGCCCUUCGCCUCGAGAACAAUUUCCUUGAUCCCCGGAAAAUCCCAUCCACGGCUUUCUCCUGUGUCCGCUCCUACUCUAGUGUUGUUUUAAAGCCUCAGAGAAUUAAGUAACUGCAAUCUUGUGUUCUAUUAUAAUAAACCACUAAAGACCGUAAAUAUAAAACUAAAUUUGAUUCCUGUGAAACGUGCAGUUAUCAUGAAAAUAUAACUUUUUUGUCCUAAAAUUUUAAUUGAAUCUCUAAUUGGCCUGUUUAUUUUCAGUCUUGUUUAAUUAGCUUUUAUAAACUUCCAUUUAUAAGUCAGAUAAGACUGAACAUGAUCAUCACCUCGAGGCUCAUAGCAGAACGCUGUCGUUGUUUGCGCCUGUCUAGACGUGUCUUUGUAAGAUGCAUGAAUCAACUGUAUAAUAGUUCAAGAGGAAUAAAGUAGCAGACUAUAACUUUGUAUUCUAUGUUGAGAUGUAUCUUAUUCUUGUCAUAACAGUAUUAAGUUCGUCUGUCAUAGUGAAGAAAAACAGAAUGCAUGGCUUUUCUUAAGUGUUUAUAAAAGAAAGCAGCCAAAAUCAACAUGCUUACAUAAUGGAUUUUUUUUUUUACUAAGACAGGACCAAUAAAGGACGUUUACUACUGAGAGAACUGUGAUGCAUAAUUGAAAGAUAUCUACAUGGUUCAAGUUUUGUAUUUGCCUAGUUUAGAAUUGAAUGGGAAAACCAAUUCAGCUUCAACGAAACAUUUUCCUAUGUAUUU